CCUCCCUCCCAUAUCUAGUGUUGGAUUCAUAGGAUACCGUAACGUUGGUAAGAGUUCUGUCAUCAACACACUCCGCAAGAAGAAAGUCUGCAAAGUUGCCCCCAUUGCUGGAGAAACCAAGGUGUGGCAAUACAUUACUCUAAUGAGGAGGAUCUACCUCAUCGAUUGUCCCGGAGUAGUGUAUCCCACGGGGGACUCCGACACCCAGAUUGUACUCAAGGGAGUGGUGAGAGUUGAGAAUGUCGGCGAUCCAGCUGAUCAUAUUCCCGCUGUACUGGAGAGAGUGAGGCCCGAAUACCUCACCAAGACUUACCAGGUGGAGAAGUGGGAAGGACCUGAGGAUUUUCUGGAGCAGCUGUGCAAGAAGACAGGCAGGCUUCUCAAGGGUGGUGAGCCGGAUGUGAAUGCCGUUGCCAAGGUGAUACUGAACGACUUUCAGAGGGGAAAACUGCCUUACUUUGUCAAGCCUCCAAACAUGGAGGGGAGGGAAGGUGUCAGUGGAGAGCCAAUGGCAGGGUGUCCAGAAGGACUUGUGGAUGGUUUGGUGGAGGAUUGUGAAGAGGAAGAAGAUGGUAGUCUAAUGGACGAAGGUGAGGGUAGUGAGGGAGAGGGGGGAGGAGGAGAGGAGGGAGAGGGAGGAGGAGGAGAGGAGAGGAGAGGGAGGAGGAGGAGGAGGAGACGGAGAGGACAAUGAAGAAAGGGGAGAAGAGUGAAGCAGCUGGUGAUCAACAAGAAGUGGGCAGAAAAGAAAAGUGCAACGAAGCCGAAGAAAGAGAAGACAGAGAGGAUGCCCCGUCAAAUGUGGAUGUAAUGGACGUUGGUGCAGGUCCUACUACUCUAUUAGACACGGAGGGAAACGGAGAGGAAGGAACUGCAGGAGCACCAGGCAACACUGCCAGAACCACCACAGCAUCAACAUGUGAGACACGCGAAGCAACCGUUGAAGUGGACAAAACGUCUUCCGAGGCUCCUGUUCCUCCAGGCUUGGACACAGCUAUCCUACAAGGAGAAUCGGCAACAGUGGCAGAAGAAGCUAGUAGUAGAUCUCAACCAGAGAGUGGCACUGAUAAACCAGUGGAGAGCUCAGAGAAUAUGGCUAAGACCGCCAGCACACCACCCACGACACUAGACAAUCGAGGAGCAAGUAGUGACGAGAGUUCUGCGGAGGGCAACAAGAAGCCUACUACCGCAACAAUUUCCCAGCCAGCCAUCGAGCCUGAGAUGGAAGAAGAAAUGCAACCAAGUGAAAGAGAAAGCGAUACGAGAGGAAAACCGGAAAAGGUAGAUGAAGAGAAGUUAGUUACGGCGUUAGCAGAAGAAGUCAAAGAAACACCCAAAAAAGCUGACUUGGACGUCAAAACUAUCGAUAGUCAUGUUGAAUGUGAAACUGUUGAAAUUGAACAAGGUUCUGAAGUCGAAAUGCCAGAAACAGACGUUACCGCUUGCUCGCCUGAUCUUGUGAAGAUAAUCUCUCCAAAGGCUAGCUUCUUGCCACCGUCCCUCUCCCCCAACCCGACUACUCCUCAUCUCCCUCUCUCGUCACUCACCAGGACGAGAAGGAACACGAAGCGUCUUCAGCGGGUCGAGCAGUUUGAUAUUAUGACUCCUGUCGUCCUAGAUCUCCGCGAAGCCAUCACCACUGACACAAAAGUGUCUUGUAAGAAAUUGGCUGCCGAGAAAAAAUCAUCUAAGUCGAUGAAGUCAUCAUCGCACACGGGUGAUGAUCUAGCACGGCGACCCAAAGUCGUUGCGACGAUUGAAGAAAUGAGGGUCUCUGUCUCACAAUUACCGAAGAGUAGAAAACGACAGAAGGAGAGGUCGGACCAGAAGGAUAGCGAGAAUGCAGACAUUGAGACAACAGCUUCACCAGGGAGUUCUGGUCUGCUCAUGCAGAGGAAGAGAGGGCAGAAGAAGAAGAAGAAACAGCAGUUGGAGAGUAGUGGAAAUGAAGACAAGGAGGGGGUGGGUCCUCACUCCGCCUCCAUUAACACCGCCUCUGACGUGGGUACUCCGACGGCAAAGAAAGUGAAGAAGGUGCAUUUCUCUAACGCUGACACUUUGUCUACAGAUAAAGUCAUCAAGAGGAAGCCAUCAGCUGACGUGGGUGAACUGAAGAUGAAAAGAAAGAAGAGGAGAAAGAGAAAAAAUUGAACUGAAAUGAUUUUUCUGUAGAAUUACUAGCAAUUUUACACCUUUUACUGUAUAUACAGUGUGUUCAUGAAAAGCUCUGAAGUGAAAAACCCAAGCAACUAUAGAACGUGCGACGGUAUAUUGCCAUUGAGCAUGCGCAGAGGUGCGAAAUACAAACCUCUGUUUCUCCGCCGGUUCUGCAUCGGAAGCCGCGAGAGACUUGAUGUGCACUGCACG